UGUAGGCUAGAAUCUCUGCGCUAGGACUACUACUUUUUACUAACAGCUUUCACAUUUCUAUCUCCAUUCAAAAGAGUAAAUACUCUCUGUUGCUUCUCAUUCUCCAACUUCAUCCCUUCUCUUCAUUCAGGUCCUUCAAUCCUUGUCUUCAUCUUGUAUCACUAACCAUUUCUGCAUCAAAUUUUUGAACUCAAAAUCCCUCAAAACCCCAGUUCCCAGUUGAUCCCGAUAUUUUGUGUGGAUCAUCAGCUGCCAUUAAGUACUGAAUAGAGUUAUUAUCCUUCCUUUCAUUGCCAAAUUCUUCUUCUUAUAGAUUUCCUCUUUUCUCAUCAAUCUCACUCUCCUGAUCCAGGAAAAUGGGACAAAUUUUUUUUUGAGUCCCCUGUUUCCUCCUCUGUUUCUCCCCUGUUUUGUCUCGCUUUGAAAAUCAAAUCCCAAGUAAAAUGGCAAGAGUUCAAGAAAACACCGUGCCUUUAGCAUUUGAAGAUGGUGCUAGCAUUCGAUCUUCACUCUCGCAUCUCAUUUUAACUGGUGGUGCUAACACCUUAGACUCAAUCCUCUCUUACGGCCAACAGCCAAAUCCUGUGGCGGACUCUGUUUUUGAGCCACUAGGAUCUUCAGUCUACCUCAAACAAAGAGAUCUGCUCCACAAAUUCUAUGAAGAAAAUAAAGGAAACUCCUCUGCAGUUUCAAGAAUUAGGCUAACGAACCCUCUUCAGAACUCUGUAUAUGCACAGAGUUUUAUGCAUCCAUGCAAGAAAAAGCUAUACAGAGGGGUGCGGCAGAGGCACUGGGGCAAGUGGGUAGCUGAGAUAAGACUUCCUCAGAACAGAAUGAGAGUUUGGCUUGGAACCUAUGACACAGCUGAAGCAGCAGCCUAUGCAUACGACAGAGCAGCUUACAAGCUUCGCGGGGAGUAUGCCCGGUUGAAUUUUCCCAAUCUUCGCGAUCCUAGCAAGUUGGGAUUUGGAGAUGGUGCCAGGUUGAACGCUCUGAAGAAUGCUGUGGAUGCUAAAAUUCAAGCAAUUUGCCAGAAGGUUAAAAGAGAGAAAGCCAACAAGAAAGCCAAGAAAAGUAGUGGCGGAAGUGGUGAUGCUACAAAGGUUAAAGAGAGCAAGAAGGAAAUGAAGAUUCUUGAUACAUCCUCAUCCUCAUCCUCACUGCCUCCGCUUGGUAACGACAACAGUUGGAGUAGUGAAUUGGUUUCACCGACUCCUAGUGUUUCGGAGGAUGGAAUUUGGAAGGGUGAGAAUUCAUCUACCUCGAUCUCAGGUGAAUUUCCAGUUGGACCGAUGGGUUCAGAGUUUGAGGAUUGCUCCCUUGCUAGAUUUCCCUCCUUUGAUCCUGAUUUGAUAUGGGAAGUGCUGGCUAAUUAGAAAUUAGAUUUUGAGGAGACUUCGCUUCUUUUUUUUUUUUUCCUCCAGUCACUAUUAGUACGUCUAGAAAUUUAGGGAAUUCAGUCUUUAGUUCUUACGUCUUAUGUAAUAAUACUAGUAGUUAGUGUAAAUGCUUAAUUUUGGUGGUACCCUGUCUAGUAGUAGUACUACUGUCAGGUUUGCUGCGCUCAGUUGUGUGUUGGUGUUUAACCUUUGUUUGGAUGGUGAGGAGUUCGAAUAUUAGUGAGUGGAGUUGGGUGUUGAAUCAUCAAUUUAUGCAGAUCACUUCACCCUGAA